GACGCGAAAACAUGAGGAAAAUAAGGCACAAACAACAGGGAAGAACACCGUUCAGGUUCUGUAGACAAGGAGGGAACAAAUCAAUCUGAACUGAGAUACUUAAAAAGCAUCAGGACAAGACAGACAGUUACAAGAAAAGAUGGCAUGAAGAAAAGCAGAAGUGAAGAAUCAGGACAGCAGUAGCAGGAAGAUCCCAUAACCGUUAAAGUCAAAUCAACCAAUCAGAAGCAGAUCAUCAAAUCUAUGAGCUACAGCUUCUGUUCCAUUAAAUGACCUCAGCUCACUUUUUCACUUUUUUUUCCUUUUCAGUGUCUUUGGAAAAUGACUUUCGCUAUAAAAGUAUAGUGAUUUAGACCAGAGCCACAUCCAGAAUGAACGUCUCAGAGGAGCUUUAUUACCAUGAGGAGGACGGCUCGAUGGGGAACUCCUCCUGGGCUUACUCCUACUACUACCACCAGAACUACACCCUGUCUCCUCCGCUGCCCUCGGACAGGAGCAGCACCACCAAACCUGCAGCAUGCGAGCAGCUCAACAUCGCUGUAGAGGUCUUUCUCAUCCUGGGGCUCAUCUCCCUCCUGGAGAACAUCCUGGUCAUCACGGCUAUUGUGAAGAACAAGAACCUCCAUUCACCCAUGUACUUCUUUGUCUGCAGUCUGGCUGUAGCCGACAUGCUGGUGAGCGUGUCCAACGCCUUGGAGGCCAUCAUCAUUUACCUUCUCCAUAAUGGACAGCUGGUGGUGGAGGACCACUUCAUCCGGCAGAUGGACACCGUCUUUGACUGUAUGAUCUGCACCUCUGUGGUGGCGUCCAUGUGCAGCCUGUUGGCCAUCGCCGUAGACAGGUACGUUACCAUAUUCUACGCACUGAGAUACCACAAUAUCAUGACGGUGAAGAGAGCCAGCUGCAUCAUCGGCGUAAUCUGGACCUUCUGCACGGGCUGCGGCAUCAUCUUCAUCAUCUACUCCGACUCCACUCCCGUCAUCAUCUGCCUGAUCUCCAUGUUCUUCGCCAUGCUUCUCAUCAUGGCCUCCCUCUACAGCCACAUGUUCAUGCUGGCUCGCUCUCACGUCAAGCGCAUCGCCGCUCUGCCCGGCUACAACUCCGUCCACCAGCGGGCCAGCAUGAAGGGGGCCAUCACCCUCACCAUCCUGCUGGGCAUCUUCAUUGUCUGCUGGGCCCCUUUCUUCCUCCACCUGAUUCUGAUGAUCUCCUGCCCACGGAACCUCUACUGCGUGUGCUUCAUGUCCCACUUCAACAUGUACCUCAUCCUCAUCAUGUGCAACUCUGUGAUCGACCCGCUCAUCUAUGCCUUUAGGAGUCAGGAGAUGAGGAAGACGUUCAAGGAGAUCAUCUGCUGCUGCAGCCUGAGAAACGCCUGCAGCAGCAUCUGUUCUCUGACAGGUAAGUACUGAGAGACCCCGACCCUGAGCACUGAUGGAAAGAGAAGAGUGGACUGUCCAGACAGAGCAUAAACUUCAGCUGGACCCAAACGGUGGAAGGUUCUUUUCUUGAACCAAGCUGUCAAUCAUGUUCCAACGCACUUUUUAAGGGGUAGUAUGACAUAAAUCCAAGCACAUUUUUGUCUCACGUACAAAGGCUGUUACCCUCUCCAAACCUGCCAUGAAUAAAAAGAAACAAAAACAACCGUCUUGACAUGAGCAUAAAUUAAACACUAGCAAAGGCCAUUUUUGAAAUUCUUUCCUUUUAUUCCCCCUGUUUUUUAUUGUUUUGCCUAUUUUAAAAAUAGAUUCCCUAGAGAUUCUAAAGUCAAAAUAAAGAAUGAAAGGUCACUGAAUGUUUUGAUGAGAAUGUGAAGAGAUGAGAACUACACACUGUGGUUUUUGCAGUUGGCAAAUCUCCACUUUUCUGAACACUUCAAAUCAGACUGUGUAUCCACAACACCAAGCUCUUCUGGUGGCAUAUCCUGCUACAACAUUGUAUUAAGGUUGCUUGAUUUCAUGAUUAAUUUACAGUCAUUUUUGAAUAGUUCCUAGACUUUGUUUUGACAAGGUGCUCCAUGUUUGUUCUAAGCACUGAUUGAGCACAGACACCAUGAACUCAGUUACCACUGGAUGACAUUUUUGAAGAGAAUGAUAUGGCUGUGUCUAAUGAUAGUCUGUUUACUGGUGAGAUCUACUCACAAACUAACAUACAAACCAAUUUAACAUUCUGCAACCAGCUCAGACGGACACGAGCUGUGAAAAAAACAUUCAUUAAAAAAUGGUGACAGACUGACUGACCCUGAACUGUGGAAAACCAACCAUUAUACAUGUAUCCGUGUGACACUGCGUGUUCUUACUGCUGACGGGCAAGAGUUGCAACACAA